CUCUACUACGUGUUGAAUAGAACCACAGAAUUGCCAAACCCAGCUCUAGUGGAAUCUGUCAAUUGUCAUUAUGCUGAACAUGUGUUUUAUCCACACGAUCGUGACUGGAAAUGAACAUGUGUUUUUUAUAUGUUCUUCAGCAAAUUGUUCGUUUUGUAAACGUUUAUUUCUGUAAAAAAUCCUUGUAAAAUACUUUGAGAAAACUAACAGCAGAAUCAGUCAAUCAUAGAACAUGGACAAUAUGAAUGUUACUACAAAAUGUAUGACUUUAUCCCCCGGAGAAUUAGCCAAGCUUGGUGUUGAAUUAGACUCUUUGGCACCUACUGCAAAUGCACAUCCGAAAAAUGAUAAUGUGGCACACGCUAUCGAAACACCAGCGACCACAUCGCAAGAUCAAAAAACCUACGGCAUUUAUUCAAAAGUUGAAAUGGAAAGGGAAUCGAACUCUUUAAUUAUGAAUAAUUCUAGUAAUGACGAAAAUGAUGAUAUUCCGAUUAAAGUUUUAACGCAAACUUCAUUGAACGAUUUCAUUACAAAUACAGACAGUCAAAAGAAGCUUGUCAGUGAUAAAAUGGCAAUACAAAAGAGAAAACCUGGAAGACCCAAACUGAAUGGUACUAAACAAGACAAUUCCAAUGGAAGAAAAAGACAAAUCAAUAAACAUAUUGCUAGUUCAGAUAGUGACUCAGACAUUCCAUUAUCUAAAAUAUUGAAAAAUAGUGAUGGCAAAAUUGAAACAUGUAGUACGUCUGAAAAGACUAAUAUAACAAUUGAUAGUAAUUCAAUAAAACAACCUGAUUCAUUGGUAAAUGAAUCAGUUAGUGAUGCGCCAAAAAAAAAACGCGGAAGACCUAAAAAAAGUGACGUUCCUGUAGUUGUUCCAGUAGAAUCUAAAGAAGAAAUAAUUUUUACAAAAUCCAAAAAAGGCAGACAACGAAAAGAGAUUGAUUAUUCCUUAUUAGAAGAUUGUGAACCUAAGUCCACUAAUAGUUCACCAACUGUCACAAAACCUAGUAAAAAAGUUUCUAAAUACAAAUAUUCAGGCAAUACUACUUUGGCACUUAAACAAAUUUUCUCUUCAUUUGAAGGGAAAAACGCAGAUGAUGUUAGCAUUGAUGAAAGCAAUAGCAGAAAACGAGGUAGACGUGUCAUCAAAGAUGACUUUUCUGACGAGGAAGGAACGGUAACUUGCGCAGUAUGCAGCGAAACUGUGACUAACCAAGAUUGGGCAGACCAUAAACGAAAAGUGCAUUAUAAUUUGGCUUGGAAAAAGGGAGAGACAGCUAUAAACGUAUCUGAUAACUCUGCCAUAAUGAAUGUUUAUGAACAAUUGCGCAAAGAGCAGGGCUUUUUAAAGUGCAAAAAAUGCAAGAAAAAAUGUGCAAAGAGCAAAGAGUUUAUGCUCCAUUUGGAAAAGUGCAAUGAAAUUGUCAAGGCCAAUGGGAUGGUAAUUUGUGCUGUAUGUAAGAAGGAACUUUCUAAAAAUGAAUGGACUUAUCAUAAAUAUAAGGAACAUAAUAAUUUGGCUUGGAGGGAAGGUGACCAAGAACUGAACCUAAAUGAUCAAGAUAUCGUCAUGCGUAUCCUCACCCAACUGUACAAAUCCAAAAAACCUCUACAUUGCGAAAAGUGCAAAGUCCAGAAGAAAUCGGUCGUUGGGUAUUUGUCCCACAAAACUGUUUGCCAAAAAUCCCAGGAAGAAAUGGAAAGCGUUAAAGUAGCUUGUAAAUUGUGCGGUCAAAAAGUGUUGCCCGUCAGCAUGGAUUAUCACUUGAAAGCGCAUAACAAACCUGAAUGGCCGAAACAGAUUUCAGCUUCUGAUUAUUUCAGUGUUGAUGUUGGAACUGGAGGAAAAAGAAAAGCAGCUACAAGGGCUUUAAAUGUAAUAAAAUCAAUUAAAGGCGUAAAUAGUUCAAAGUAUUACACUGAACAAUGUGAUUUUGAGGAAAGUUGGGUUCUAAAACGACUAAGGAAGAAAUACACAGAUAUCGACCAAGUAUUUUGUAUAUUCAACAACAACAAUUGUGAAUUUAAAAGUGAUUCUUUAGAAAAUUUGAUUCACCAUUUAAAUAGUUGUGAAAACAAACCAGAACAAUAUUUUGUGUGUAAAUUAUGCUUAGUUUGGACUAGGGAUGAAGUGGAAAUUGAAAAUCAUGUCAAAAUAGAUCAUAAUAAAGUGAAUGUUGAUAAUGAUGGGGAAUUCAAUGAUGUUGGUGUAGAAGAAGAAAAUGAGUCUGAUGUAGAUAAAUUUGAGGACGAAUUAUUGAAAGAACAACACAAAUUAAGGCAAAAUAGGAAACAGUUGUUGACUGGCACUAGUCUUGUUCACAAAGUAAAACCUAUAUUUUUGGUUUAUCCCAUGAGGGAGCAAAAAUCGCUUUUUUAUCCACAAGCCUACCCAUGGAUGAUGAAUUUCUGUGAAAAGCGCUAUAGUAAUUGUUAUUUGUUUGAAAGUUUUCGAAGUAAAGAGCCUCAUAGAGUGUUGGAUUGUGAUAUUUUGGAUGAAUAUUUACCAAAACUACUUGAAUCCUGUGAUAUUAGUGUUAAGGAGCUUAAUGUAAAUGAUAAAUUAGGUGAUUUAGAGUUUAGAAAAUUAGGAUUGUUUGAAGUUUCAAAAUCUUAUAAAGGAGAAUCGACCAUUUACUGUGGAGGUCCCAUUGCUUGCUUAGCCUGGUUGCCAACUCCAUUUCAAGCAGAAAUUUACGAUCAAAUUUUAGCUGUGUCUGUUAUAAAUCAUCCUGAAAAAGAAUAUGCUGUAGGCGAAACGUAUUCAGAACCUUCAGUUAUACAAUUUUGGAAUUGUGGUCAGGUGCAUUGGCAAAAGGAUGAUGACUUCAAUCCUUAUCUAUUAUUUGGUUUGGCUUUGAGCACAGGUCCAAUAUGGCAUAUGGAAUGGUGCCCUUCUGGCUGUUUAGACCUAGCUAAUAAUGACAAAUUAACUUGUAGAUUGGGUUUAUUAGCUGUGGCAACUUCAGAUUCUUACGCUUAUAUUUAUUCUAUCGAUAAUAUCAAAGAGGAAAACGAUAAGGGACUAAUCUACAAAUGCGAACCUUCAGUUAAACUACAACUAGAAAAUGUUAAAACCUCCACUAAUUAUUACGCCACAAAAAUCUCAUGGACAAAAGCCAAAGAUCAUAGGUACAUUGCUGUGGGUUAUUCAAGCGGUAUAGUUGCCAUAUUUGACUUACUGUCAUCGUCAACGCUAUGGCAGAAAGAGAAUCAAGAAGGCACCCGAAUUAUUUUACCAUACCUAACGUUUCAGGCGCACGUUUCAUGCGUUACCUCAUUAUCAUUGUGUCAUUACGGGGAGGGUAAUCGAUGGUGCUUUACAACUGGACUUGAUAAAGUCACUACCUUUUGGGAUCUCUCUAAUAUGACUAAACAAAUGACCAAUAAGAAAUACGGAGUGUCCGAUGGACAAUUUUUAACUCAGUGGCCUGUUGCUUUGUGCGCCGAAGACGAAACAACUUUUAACGAUACUGUUUCCGCCCACUCGUUUAUCCGACCAAUAAGAGAAGUCUUGAGCUCAGAUUUUUGCUGCUUCACCAACUCACCUUCUGGAAUUAAAUCAGUGUCAUUCAGUGAUUGGUUGAAUUUGAUUUUGCAUGGAAGCAAUGCUGGAGAAGUUAUGGGACAGUUUUCUCACAGGAUGUUUUUCAAUAUUGAUAAGAAACAAUUUAAGAGUAACUAUGUGAAAUGUAUAUUUUCCAUUGCCAAGCUGAUAAGUAAAAAUAAUGACACAAAACCUCCUCUUUGUAGUACAUUUGAAGAAGCCAGAGAACAUUAUGGGAUUGUUUUUACUGAUUAUAAUUCGGAUAAACUUUCCAACAUCCCAAAUACGCGAACGAACAAUUUGACAAAAGUCUCCUUGGAAAAAUUGAAUAUUCACAAUUAUCCUUUGCAAGCGGUAACAAAAGUAGCAGCCAAUCCGAACCCCCAAGCAUGUACUUAUUGGGCUUCGGGUUACCAGGCAGGUUUUAUAAGGAUCCGGCAUAUAGAGGUUUUGAAAAAGUAUUUUAAUCCGACGAUUUUUGUAAACUAUGAUUUUUCAAAAACUAUUUGAAAGUAUUUGUAAGGCAUGAAGAAAGUAGAAAUAAUGUAAAUAUA